AUGGACUUCAUCGACCCUGAGAGCGUCAAGAUCGCCUUCAGGAUCAGGAACAACGACGCCACACUGGGCCUCUUCCAACGGGCAGCGCACCGACGACAUUUCCGAAUACGGGAGGAGCUGCUUCCUGCACAAGUCCCAGGAAUGGUACAACCAGCGAGGCCUCGGAGGGCUUCUGGCAAGACCUUGGGGGCAACGCCGUGGAGAUCCCCGCCGGCGAGUACAGGGACUGUCCUCAUGGCCCCCACCCUCAUCGGGCUCUUCCAGAGCGGGAAGAUGUUGCCUCCGCAGCUGAACCUGGUCUUGGAGAUAGAGUUCGCGGAGGCCGGGGACGCCCUCCGCCCCGCCGGCGGCACCUCCGACUUCAGCAUCGAGAGCGUCAGGCUGCUGGCCUCCCAGGUGACGCUGGACAGCGCCCUGGUGGAGUCCUUCAACAAGGUACUGCUCUCGGGCCGCAGCCUCGUCUUCUCCUAUACCCGACGAUGCACACAAGGGCCUGCACGAAGCUCAUGGGCCGACGCGGCCGUCGCGGCCAUCGCGACCGCCCUAGCGCCCUUCGAGACGGCGGCCCAGCGCGACGCGGCGCGGUCGCGCUUACAGCACCAGGCCGCGAUCGCGGCCGCCGUGGCCGCCAUCGACCUCAGCCCGUAUAACACCAGCGCCCAGACCGACGCGCCAUCACGGUCCACUUCGCGGGCCCCUUUCCAGAACAACACCGACACGCUGGAGAUCGACUGCGACAGCGUUUCCAGCCCGAGGCAAAUCAGGGGCAUCCUGCCCAGGGCCCCGCUGGCCUGGAGCUACCUGUUCUCCGGCACCAUCACCGAGCUCCGCUGCGACGCCUAUUCCAAGGCGGAGGCGGACGGGCGCUGCCUGAGCAGCACCGGCUUCACGACCGCCCUGGACGGGCGCCUGGUCACCAACGCCAACGGGGGGCGCCCCUGGGCAACGGUCACGGAGCUCACCUGCGACGCCUGGUCGAAGACAGAAGCGGACGGGCGCUACGCCACCGCUGGCGCCAUCUUGGCCGUGGAUGCCAGGGUGACGGCCCUGGAGAACUCCGGCGGGGUGCCCGCAGACAUCUCCUGCGCCAGCCUCACGGCCAGCACUGCGGUGAAGUUCAGAACAACCACGCGCGUAGACGCCCUCUUCACCCAGAACGCGCAGACUUCCCUGCUGAGGCCCAUCAGCACGGUGGACCACCUGCAUCGCAGCCGGCCUUGUGAGCACCAGGGUGGUGGAGAACAACGGCACCACGGUGCUGGCCCAGUUUGCGGCGCAGAGGUCCACAUGAGGGUUGGCCCACCUGCUGACCAUCGACGACGUGUCCGGGCGCGUUACGGGGUUCUGACCAACGCGGCGUUGGCCAGGAUCGGCGACGACAGCGGAGUCACCGUGCUGGGCUCCGGGCUGGCCGUGGCGGGCGUGGCCUGGCCACCACCCAAGUGCCCUGAUCGUUAG